ACAUUACAGCAGUUUAAAAUACACAGGAGAGCGUAUGCAGCUCAACACGCCCGCAUCAGCCGAAUGUGCUUUUGCUUCCAGGGGGACGCUAUUGGAGAACGGACAAAAAACAUGGCGGCCUCCAGGGAGUGAUUCGUGCUGUGUGCCGAUACCGGUCUCCUUUCUCUUUUGUAGAUCGCUGCCGCAUCCUUAGCGCUGGUUUCAGCCAUGUUUGCCAAGGUCUUCAGAGUCAAAUCCAACACUGUCAUCAAAGGCUCGGACAGGCGGAAGCUACGCAGCGAUGCCAGCUCAGCCUUUCCUACACUUACUCCUCAAAACCUUGCUGAGCUGAUGCCUCCGAAAGAAGAGCUAAAUAUUGUCAAAGUCUAUGCUCACAAAGGAGAUGCUGUAACCGUAUAUGUCCACAACCGCAACCCCAUCAUGUUUGAGCUGGAGAAGAACCUGUAUCCAUCAGUAUACACUUUAUGGCGGUAUCCAGAUCUUCUCCCAGCAUUCACCACCUGGCUGCCUGUUCUGGAAAAGUUGAUUGGAGGAGCAGAUCUGAUGCUCCCCGGAGUUGUUGUGCCCUCUUCUGGUCUGCCUGAGGUACAACGGGGCACUCUGUGUGCAAUUACAGUAGUGGGAAACAGGGCACCCGUUGCAGUAGGUAUUGCUACUAUGUCUACAAAGGAAAUGCUAGCAUCAGGAAUGAAAGGCAAAGGAAUCAACGUACUGCACACUUACAGAGAUCAGCUAUGGGCAUUUGGUGACAAGUCUAAUAUUCCGACAAUUGGUCCAUUGGAGACACCUCUUGCUCUAACGAAAGAUGAGCAGAACUAUGACACUUCCCAGGUGUCCUUGUCUGAAACCCAGGUUCCAGAAACAGUUUUAGAGAAUCUUAACUUGAGGGAGGAAGAGACUGAUGUUCCUCAGAUGACCCCUGAGGAGAUAGAAGAUGAACAAGACUUACAGGAAUCGGCACCAAUUCAGCUAUCACCACAAGAGACCAUGGACAAUUUGCUGAACCAGUGCUUCUUUCACGCUUUAAAAUACAAGGUGAAGAAAUCCGAUCUUCCUCUUCUCACAAGCACAUUUCUCCGGAAUUAUCUGUUCUCCUGCUGCCCCGAAGGACAGCAAGUCGAUAUUAAGAAGUCCAGUUAUAAAAAGCUUUCAAAAUUUUUGCUGACAAUGCAGCAGCGCAAGAUCCUACAAGUGAAGGAACUCAGUAAAGGUGUGGAGAGCAUUGUGGAAGUAGACUGGAAACAUCCAGACAUCCGAGCAUUUGUUCCACCAGCUUCUGCUCCAGAAGCUCAGAUUGCAACGGAAGGCAUGGCUGAGGCUGGGGAGAAACAAUAUCAGCCUCCUGAAAUUACUUCCUUGUAUGGAAUCUCUGCAAAGAUGAUGCCUCUGUUUCAGGAUACAGGGCACAGAAAGGGAGACCUCCUCACGCAGAGUGAUGUCAGAAGCAUAAUCAUUACAUAUGUCAAAACCAAUGAGCUGGUGGACCCUGAUAAUAAGAAUUUUGUUAAGAUUAACCCUGUGCUGUGUGACUGCCUUCUGGACAAAUCUGAGUAUAAUGACAUUUCAUUUCUCAAAUGGGAUGACCUUCUCACAAGGUGCUUAGACAGGAUGCAACAUUCACAACAGAUCACCUUCCCUGGGCGCUCUCCUAUUGUUCGGAAGGGAAACAUUGAACCCAUUGACAUCAGCGUGGCACAGAGGGGGUCAAACAAAAAGGUCACAAUAUUAAAGAAUCUGGAGCUGUAUGAAAUUGACCCUUCUUCAGUUGCCAACAUUCUGCAGCAGCGAGUCCAGGCCAGUGCCACUUGCUCCCUUCUUCCAGGGUCAAAGGACAGGCUCCAAGUGCAAAUCCAGGGUAGCCAAGUGUCUCAUGUCGGCAAGCUUCUCAUAGAAGAAUUUAAGAUCCCACGGAAGUAUGUGACCGGCCUCGACUUGGCAACCAAACCUGGCAAGAAGAAGUGACACAAAACCAAAAAUUAUUUUACCAGUUAUCCAGUGCUUGAAUUGGGUUAAUUCAGCCCAGCACUGGAUCCAUCAGCAACCACUAGUAGCUGGUUUAACUGCCUUUUGUGAAUCAAACAUCACUUACCCUUAGGUUUUAGUAGUUUCUGUGACCCAAGAAGGUUCUUAUUGGUACAAUUCAUUAAGCAUUUAAAACAGUAGAUUGAGGACUGCGUUCUUGUUGUUAUGUUUACUGGCAAAACAUAUUGAAAUUGACUAUUAUGACCACUUGUCAUGCUACAUGUAAUUAAACUUGAAUCAGGAGAAACAAGGGUUUACUAGACCGACAUUUUCCCAAGAUAAAUCCAUUUAAAGGUGCUGUUCCACCUCCUCUGCCGAAUUUAUGAUUACAUUUUUUAAAUGCAGCAAUGUAAACAUCAUUCCUAGAACGGUUACAAGUCCAAAUCCUUUCCAGAAAGAAAUAUUUAAUGAUGUAAAAAUGUGCCUAAUUCAUUAUUUUCACGAGGGAAUGCUUGUAAUGACACGAAAAAGCCGGUACCAAUACGGUUUAUGCAAGUUUUUUAUGUGACAAACCUUGAGAGGAAAUAAUAACAUGCCUGAUCUAAGGUUUGUUUGCUUAACAUGCUAGAGAGUCAUGUUUUGUCUAAGUGGAACACCACCUUUAACAGGAACAGAAAGAGUCUACGUACUUGGGUUCAAGAAAUAAUUAUUGAGAAUUUGAGAUGCACCCUAGCUAUGGCGUUUGUGUCUAGACAACUAGGUCUGUGGCUUAUGUUGAGCUCUACGGUUUUUAAUGAUUACAACCUUAUUUUAUAAGGCUAAGCAGAAAAUGUAAAUAGACAUAUAUUAAAAUAUCAUUAGUUUUUUCUAGCUUCAGAAGGUAGAGCCAUCCACAGAUCAGAACCUGAACCAUGCUGUGGAAAUUGUAAUAAGAUGGUACUUUCCUUGAUGGAACAUACCAUUUUAAUUUAUUUUUUGAUACAUAGGUUUUUAUGGCCGAUAAGAAUCAUUUGGUUUAUCUAGUCUGCCCGUUUUUUUCUGAUGUAAGGACUGAGACCUUAAUCAGUACUCGGUCUUGUCUUAGAUUCAGGAUUGCUUAAUUCCAUGCAGGUUUAAAUCCCAUCACUGUAUUGGCCUCUACCGCUUCUGCUAUGAUGCUUGUUCCUAUUAUCUACCGAGCUGUCAGUAAAGUUAUUUUUUUU